ACACCAGAAAUGAGGGUUAUUUUUUAUUUAUUCCUGAUGCUCAAUGUUGGUCGUUGCUCAGAUGAACAGAAUUUCGAGACCAAGACAGUUUACGUUGGGGAGAAUAUUAACCUGACAUGCCCCCGUAGGGAUGUAGGAACCUUGUUUUGGAUCAAGCUUGUUUCUGGAGAUUUUCCUAAAAUCUUAGGAAGAUCAUUUAGCUCUCAGAGUGCUGAUCAGCGCAUUAGAACUGUAACAGAUCCUGGAAUAUUUGAUCUGUAUAUUACAAAAGCACAGCAGAGUGAUACAGGAGUUUACAUCUGUAUGAAAACAGCAAAUCGAGAACUAACAUUUUUGAAUGGAACCUACUUGAAAGUUGAAGGACCAGAGCCUCCUUUCACUACAACUCCUCCACCUGAUUCUGUCCAUCAGAAACGCACAGUGACUCUUCAGUGUUCAGUCCUCCAUGACUUCCAGAAUAAAACAUGUCCAGUAGAUGACAAUGUGUUCUGUUUGAGUGUAGAACCACAUCAGCCUCACCCGGGUUCUAAUUAUACUCAUGUGAAUGGUGGAGAUGAAUAUGAAAGGAACUCAGAGGCACUCUCAACAAAAACAUGUUUCUACAGCUACUUCAGAAACCUCAGCUCCUCUGAUUCUCAGACGUAUUACUGUGCUGUGGCCACAUGUGUGGAGUCUUUUCCUCAAAAUAAAACAACAGGCGAUGCUGAAGCAGUCAAGAAAACCUGUUCAAAGAAGGACAAUACAAUUCUCUAUCUGUUAUGUGUCGCUUUGGCUAUAAGCCUGAUUAUUAUAGCCUGUCUAGUUUAUUCAAUCAAGAAGCUAAAGAAGAAUUCAUAUGUGUAUUCUAAUGAUGCAGUUGCCCUGCAAACAAAUGUAAUUUCAAGUGGUGACCAGGAAAAUCAGCAGACAGAUGCGGACUUGUUGGUUUAUUCAGCACCAACUUUUAAAAAAGCGAGCAAAUCGGGGACAAAGGAUACAAAAACUUCAGAGGAAGAGAGCAUCUACACUGAUGUCAAGGCUCUUGGGCUGGAUUAAGCUCUACUAGCAUCAUGGA